AUGCUGGCCAAUAAAAAAGGGAAUGACCCUAAGAUAGCUUUUCAACUAUUAUACGGAAAGUUUUAUACGCUAUUUCCGGUCAAACAGGUUUACUUGACCGCAUUAUUUUUUUUUGAGCUGGGUUCCCUCAUUUGCGGCGCUGCGCCUAACUCCACUACAUUUAUAGUUGGAUGUGGUAUCGCUGGCCUAGGAAGCGCUGGCAUGUUCAGUGGCGCCUUGGCCACCCUAGCGCAUACAGUUGAGCUUGAGAAAAGACCAGUCUUCUUCAGCACGCUUGGUGGCAUGUACGGCCCGGCCUCGGUCGCUGGACCAUUGCUAGGUGGUGCAUUUACCGAUCAUGCUUCUUGGAGAUGGUGCUUCUAUGUUUAUCUUCCCUUUGGUGGCGUUACAGCCAUUGGACUUCUUACUCUACUGAAGCUACCCCCGAAGGCAAAGACUCAGAAGACGCCCAUGGAUAUAAUUUUGCAUUUGGAUCCCAUUGGAACAGUCCUUUUCGUCCCCGCUAUUGGUGGGGUGACUUACGAUUGGUCGAGUGGCCGUAUCAUUGCCUUGUUCGUGGUUUUCGGUGUCGCCAUUACUACAUUUGUCGCGCUUCAGAUUAUCCUCGGAGAUAGAGCGACGGUGCCUGCCGAAAUUACACGUCAGCAGACGAUUGCAUUUGCCUCUUUCUUUGGUAUUUGUGGGCGGGUCAUUUUUUGUUAUGAUCUAUUACAUUCCUAUCUGGCUGAUUACGGAGUAAGUGCCGUACGAUCCGGCAUCGAAUCCCUCCCUAUGAUGCUAUCUUGCGUUUUUGGUAUCAUAGCAGCGGGUGGAUUGACGACCCGUUUUGGAUACAACUCGCCCUUCUUCAUCGCUAGCAGUAUUAUCAUGUCCAUUGGAGCCGGUCUUAUCACUACAUUUACAGUCGAUACAUCUCAAGCUAGAUGGAUCGGAUUUCUCCUUAUUUAUGGCCUUGGAGCCGUGCUCCCUUUGUCUAAAGUGUCCAUUGGGACCGCCAUUGUUUUGUUCCUCCAGCUCCUUGGCGGAUCCUUGUUCGUCGCGGUCGCGCAGAACAUUUUUGCUAAGGAGCUUAUCAGUAACCUCGAAGCCCUCCAUAUUUCUGGCUUUUCCUCAUCCGACGUGAUAAAUGUGGGAGCAACAAAAAUCCGAGCUAUUUUCAAGGAGUCUGAAUUGCCAAGAGUACUUGUGGCUUAUAACGACGCGCUAGUAAAGGUCUUUCAGCUUUCUGUUGUCCUCGGUUGCUUGAGCAUUAUCGGAGCUCUGGGCAUUGAAUGGAAGAGCGUGAAGACUAACAGGGCGGAUGAAAGGGCCGGUUGA